AUUUAGUGAAAUGGGUCUAUUUACACUGCAAAAUUGCGGUGCACCAAAAUUGCUGUGGAGUUUGUGCUUAUUUGACUUAUAUAUAAAAUUUAUAACUUGAUUCUUAAAGUUGGUUGCCUAUUCUAGAGUUUCUGGUUAUCAUUUUAUCUAUAAUCUAAGUGAAAUGCGGCUCUAUCAAUUAAUGUCAUUAACAGUCUAUUACAUUAUUAACGGGGCGAAGCGUUGAAAACAAAUUUAAGAAAUUGUUUACUGCGCAGCCUUUAACGGUCUAAUUCAGCGCCAAACAAUUCUUGUUAAUGGUCUAUUUCAGUAGUAAUGGCGCGAAGCGUCAAAAAAUCUUUAACUGUUAUGAAAUCCUUAACUGAGCUGUGAAGUCGUUAAUGAUCAUUUAACGGCAUUAACGGUUUGUAAAAUCGUUAACGACAUUAGCAGUUGAACUAUGUAUUCUGAGGAGAACCCAGAUUCUUUAACGGCUGGACAAAUUCCAACUUUUUUAAUCAAAAUUUAAAGAAGCUGGUAAUGGCACUGGCAGUGGUUCCUGGCUAUAUUAGCAGAAGAAUUGCUAGAAUUCAAGGACAAUUACCCGAGAACUGGCCUCUUUCCUUAUCCUACCCUGCUCCCUCGGGUUACAUGGAGACCAGAACCAUUCUCAGGUUGUUGAAAAUGAAGGAGGAAAACUCUUGCGAGAAAGAUAGUUUCAAGGUUCUUGUAAACCCUGUUUUAAAAAACAAAAAUGAACAACAUGGAACCCCUGCCAGAGAAAGUCAAGCGGAACCGGGUUUGAGUGAGAGUACCAGGAAUAACGGGCAGGCCGGGCCACCUGAUGACGUAGAUGGUUUGGUACAAGACGUCCUGGUUCCUAUCUCCAAAAUGGUUUUUCUUAAAAUAAUUUUCAUCGAUAUUGGGAUCACAGCAGGAGAUGUUGCAACAGAUUUAAUCCAGGGUCUGAGCUUGACAUUUGAUGGAGCAUGGAACCUUCAGUCCACUUGGGUUUAUGGUCUUGUUAUCUGCUUAGUAAUGUGGCUUCCAGCGCCCAUAGCCAUUUUAGUGUACUCUGACGUCAUCAAAUCCAGUUCAAAAUGGCCGCUUACCAUAUUUAAAUGGAUCUUAUUUAUCCUUUUCUUCCCUCUGGUUCCUAUUGUCAUGUUCCUUCAAAUUCUCUUCACUAAUAGAAGAUUCUCUUCCGGAGAUGAACUUGUCAGUUUUGAGUUAUUGGAAAAGAGAGCCAGAGAGCUGAAAUCAAUAACAGGUGCAAUAGAGUCACCAGUUCAAGCUGUAAUUAUUUUCUGGUUAAUGCUACGGGGUGUUUUAACCCUUCCUUGGUCCCAGCCUCCAACCUCAGCAUGUGUAGAGGACUCCUUAGGUCGUGUGGCCUGUUUGCCAAGUAUCCCAAUAUUCUCUUUGAUUUUCUCCUUCCUCUCCAUUAUUAAAUCUCUUUUCGACCUAAACAUUCAUCCUCUUCUUCAAGGUUUUCACAACAAUGCGAAGAAUUUCAAGUUUAGUUUACAUUUCUUCCUCUGCUCAUUUCCCUUCUACCUUUGCAGUACAGUGUUCAGGUAAAAGAGUCAAUCAAUAAAGUUUUGUAAAAUCCAUUAAUCAAUCAAACAAAUUGAAGAAAAAAAUGUAUUGAAAUUAAACUGGUUUUUGACCAAGAGUCAGAAGAAGAGGCGGUUACUCGAGCUAAUAUUUACAGGGCCAAAAAAUUGUUUAG